GUUUCAUGUUUGUUCAAGAAUAUUACUUAUCUGCAUUGACCAAUAAUAAGAUGUAUCGGAUAAAAUAUAGUUUGUAGAAGUGUAUAAAAAUCAUUUAAGUUCUUAUCAAUUAAGAAAUCACCAUGAAUAUUUUGUACGUAGCAACUCUACUGUUUAUCUUGUAUUUCCUGUGCCUUCCAUCUUCUGAUGCUUCUCAUUUGUUAUGUGUGUUGGGUUUUACAAGUUUUUGUCCAAAUUGGAAAGAUAUUUUAUUGAGUUACUUCAACAGUACAAUAUUACAUUUAUUUUUAAAUAGGUAAAUGUAUGAAACCACUUCAAGUGUUUUUUAUGUAUCUUAUAAAGUAUUUUAUCGAGUAAAUCAUCUACUUGGUAUUAAAUGUCUUU